AGGGUCACAAUUUUGCAAACAGAGGAGCAGCAUGCAUCAUCAGAGCGUGUGGAUUGUGGGUCCACUGGUGGUGACCCUGUGUGCCAGCCUCGCUUGGGCCCAGUUCCCUCGAGAGUGCAUCACUCCCGAGGGACUGAGGAGCGGCCAGUGUUGUCCAUCCCCUGCAGGCGUGGCAGGGGAUGAGUGUGGCUCCAGCACAGGAAGAGGGCAAUGUGUGACAAUUGCUGCUGAUAGUCGUCGCCACGGGCCACAAUACCCGUAUGCAGGUCGUGAUGACAGGGAGAGGUGGCCUCUGAGAUUCUUCAACCGCACCUGCCAGUGUAAUGGCAACUUCAGCGGCUACAACUGUGGACGAUGCAAGCAUGGUUUGACUGGGCCAAACUGUGAUCAGAGGAUCUCUGUAGUGAGGAGGAAUGUCAUGCAGAUGAGCACAGCUGAGAAGCAGGUUUUUGUAAAUGCCUUAGACCAAGCUAAAAAGACAGUUCAUCCUGACCUGGUCAUCUGCACAAGAAGGUACCAGGAAGUGUUUGGGCCCGAUGGCAGCACACAGUUUGAGAAUAUCACCAUUUACAACUAUUUUGUUUGGAGCCACUACUACUCUGUCAGUAAGACAUACCUUGGACCGGGCCAGGCUAGUUUUGGAGGUGUGGAUUUCUCACAUGAAGGUCCAGGUUUUGUCACCUGGCAUCGAUUUCAUCUGCUGCAACUGGAGAGAGACAUGCAGGAUAUGCUGGGUGAUCCCACCUUUGCUCUGCCAUACUGGAACUUUGCCAUUGGCGGCAGCGAAUGUGACAUCUGCACUGACGACCUGCUGGGAGCGAGGAGUGCCUUCGACUUGAACUCCAUCAGCUCCAACUCCGUGUUCUCUCAGUGGAGAGUCAUCUGCGAGAGCGUGGAGGACUACGACGCACUGGGCACCGUCUGCAACAGUACUGAGAGCAGUCCAAUCAGGAGGAACCCAGCAGGCAACGUGGCACGACCCAUGGUGCAGAGGUUGCCGGAGCCCCAGGAUGUGCUGGACUGUCUGGAGCUUAAUACUUUCGACACUCCACCUUACUACUCCACCUCUUCUGAGAGCUUCAGGAACAGCAUUGAAGGCUACAGUGCCCCCCAGGGGAUGUACGACCCCGUCAUCCGCAGCCUCCACAAUCUAGCUCACCUCUUUCUCAACGGGACAGGUGGACAGACCCACCUAUCUCCUAAUGAUCCCAUCUUUGUCUUGCUGCACACUUUCACCGAUGCAGUGUUCGAUGAGUGGCUCCGCAGGCAUCAGCCAGGUGAAAUAGUUUAUCCAGAAGAAAACGCCCCAAUUGGACACAACCGCAGAUUCAACAUGGUUCCUUUUUGGCCUCCUGUCACCAAUGCUGAGAUGUUUGUCCCUGCCCCUGAAAACCUGGGAUACUCGUAUGAGGUCCAGUGGCCAGCUCGUCCCCUCACCCUGUCUGAGAUCAUCACGGUGGCCAUUGUUGUGGCAGUGGUGGUUGUCGCAGCUGUGGGCGGGGUUGUCGCCUGUGCUGUGCGUGCUCGCUCCCACAGCUCGGCCGAAGUCCUGGAGCCACUGCUGGCAGAGACCUACAGGCGUUACUCAGAGGAGGACAGGAGGCUGGACAAGCCUCAGUCUGUUGUCUGAGUCCACUUCUGUCUGAAGAGGGCCUUCUGACUUUUUUUUUUAAUCUACCAGUCUCUUCUAAUAAAGCGGAGGUGGUUUUAUA